AUGAAAAUUCAAAUCAGCAAAGGCUGGAUGCUUCUUGCAACCAAAACAAAGAUCAGACAGACAGUUGGUGGAGGAAACACAACCACCCUCUUCUUCCCUGCUGCAGAGCCAGCUGCUGCACCAACCAGCGCCACAGCCACAUCUGGCCUCGAAGUCGCGAACCCAACCACGAUGGAGUCCCAUCUAUUCGUUUACGGCCCUGGCACGCGAGCCGUCGUGAGCCCCGUCUUGCCCGACGAUCACAUCGCCAGCGUCUGCGACCACCACCGGCGUCUCACUCCGCGAUCAUACCCGCAGCGACAUCCUCCAGAACGACCGUUGGGCCAUGAUCGCUCCGCUAUGCCUCUCUCCCCCCAAGUACGAGGCCUUCUUGGUGCGGGAAACGACCCCAAGGAGAAUGCGUCCGAGACCUGUGGCUACCCAGCCCUCGUCAGCACAGUUUACCCCGGCUCGAUGUCUGCUGCACGUUGCGACCAAGGUGCGACUCAAGUCCUGGCUGCUUUGCGCCGACUAGGCGAGGUGGUCUACUCCUCGGGAUCGACACAGCAACAUGCUUCUGGAUAUGGCAUGGACAUCGCACUUAUCGAAAUUCGUGGUCCGAGCCGGUACCUCGCCCCCGGAACUGGCUCUCAACCGACCAAUUUUCAGUUGCCGUCGCGCAAGAUACUCGAGGAGGCCGAUGAGCUUGAGUUUCUCGACGAGUAUGCCAAGCCCAAGGACAUGGUGCUUAAGGUCGGCCGGGCCACCGGCACAACGAUGGGUCACUACGGCUCGCUAUCGGCCGACGUGAGCAUGGAGAAGCAGGACGGUAGCGGCGAGUUCUUUCGUUCCAUCGAGGACAUUGUGACCAGCUGCGAGGAACCGGGCGUGUUUGCGCGUCACGGCAACUCAGGCUGCCCCGUCCUAGACCACGACGCCGGCAUCAAGGUGAUGCACUGGGGUGGUUUGAAGCGGCCGAAAGUCGAGGGCUCGGCCAUUCUAGAGGGCAUUUCGGUCAUGAUUGCGACCAAUAUCGGCGAGGACAACGUGCAGGCGGACCUUGUCUGA